AUGGAAAUAUUUGCCGAGUGUGAAGAGCAAAAGGAUCGUGUGAAAGCCUGUUAUGGAGAUUGGUUUCAUAAACUUUGGAGUGGUUCUUCAUUCGAUCAGGCCGAUUGUGAGCAAGAGACACUGGACUUCCGUCAGUGUGUACAGGAUGCCAUGAAGCGUCGUAAGGAAGAGGCCAAGAACAAGUGGAAUGAUGAUGACAACAGCUGGAUGGACCGGACGAAGGAGCAAGCGGAUGAUUUUGCAUCCGAUGUCAAGUCUCACGCACGUCAGACACGAGACCGUGCACAAUAUGAGAAGGAUGACGCCAAGGGAAAAGCGAAGGGUAAAGCCUCGGAUGCUCAGGACAAGAUGCACGGCAAAGCCUCGGAGGCCCGGGACAAGAUGCAGGGUAAAGCUUCGGAGGCUCGGGAAAAGAUGCAGGGUAAAGCAUCGGAGGCUCGGGACAAGAUGCAGGACAAAGCAUCGGAGGCUCGGGACAAGGUCCAUGACAAGGCUUCGGAUGCCAGUGACAAGGCGCAAGAUAAAGCUUCGGAUGCCAAGAAGAAUGUGAAUGGUACGAUUUCGAACGUGGCGUCCAAGGUGCAGGACACUGCGGAUUCGUGGGCGGAGAAGAUUAAGGGGCUUGGUAAGUAG